AUGAUGCUGGUGCGGACGAGGAGGAGGAGGGAGGUGGUGGAGAAGGAGCCGCCGGAGGUGGCCGCCCGCCCGCUGACCCGGGGGGGGGGGUCGGAGAAGGACCCCGAGGGUCUUACCUUUGAAGCAUCCAGAAAGAAUCCUGUCUGUUCUGUGGGUAGCCAACUGGUGAACUGUUUCAGGCACUAUAGGGCUAAUCCGACCCACGGCAUCGGCCGGUACAAAUAUCUUUUACCAAAGGUUUCCAAGAAGAGGUGGGACAGAGUGCAGAUGAAGGAGAUCGACCCCGGGACGGAGCACACCUACGGCUUCCUGAACAUUGUGAUGACGGCCUACGACAUGGCCCUCGUGGAGCACUACGCACGCUACAUCCACAGGCUCUGCAGCCAGCUCUCCAUCAGGGUGGAGGAAAGCUACGCCAUGCCCACAAAGAUCAUGGAGGUGAUGCAGAUGCAGCAGCAGGGGUCCAAGAUGUAUCUGGACGCUGUCCUCUCCACCCACCAGCGCAUUGUUCAGAUCAACGGCUUGAGUGCCACAUUUGCACCUAUUCUCUUGGAAAUCAUUCAGAAUAACCAGCCAGAAGGCCUCCAUCUGUUAGUGAAAGAGCAUACCGAGGAUGACUUCAAGGGUCGGCUGAAGGCCCGUCCAGAACUCGAAGAGCUCCUUUCCCAAAUGGGUUGAGCCGAGCCAGUUGCU